AUGGUGAGACGGAAAUGUCCUGAUUCGAUCGCAAGUCAACUGAAAGGAAUCAACUGCCCGAGGCGGCCAGGUUUCUACACAUUUUUCAGGAGUUCUGCUUCAAUGACUGGACGGCUUUUGAUUCGGACGGCGAUUGUGAGAUGGAUUUCUUACAAGGUGACAAAGGCGAUUAUAGGGGUGCAUUGGCCACAUUGCAACAAGUUGGCUAUGGCUCAGUCAUCGCCAAGAUCCGUUUGGCAUUUCAACGCUACUGGUGCAAUAGAGCGGAAGCGGUUACUUAAGGAGAUGCAAAUAGAGGAGACCGUGGCCAAAGAACUCGAAGAGCGACGCCGCACUUGGGAUGUGAACAACGGUCAAUUCGACAAGUUCAGUCAAUGGUAUAUCGAAUACCGGAAGAAUAUUUGGCAUAAAGACGAUUACCUACCAUGGCUGCUUUACGAGAAUGAAAUUUCAUGUCUCAAAAUAACAUUCGACGUCUGUGAAAAGCCGCCACGUCGGAUCAACUAUGGCGGACGAGUCAGAUACACUUGUGAAAACUAG